AUGGCUACGCGUCUUGGAAAGGUUUUGAACAAGCUAAUUUCUGAAGAACAAGUGGUGUUUAUGAAGGAUAGGAAUAUUCAUGAGAAUGUAGCUUUGGCCUCGGAGUUGAUCAAUGAGAUAAAUGCGAAUAGGAAAUUUGGCAAUGUUGGCCUCAAGAUGGACAUAGCUCAGGCCUUUGACACCGUGAGUUGGAAGUUUAUUAAAGAGUUAUUUCGUCAGUAUGGAUUUUAUGAUACUUGGUGUGGGUUGAUCAAUUGUAUCCUUAACUCUGCUAGGAUUUCUAUCAUGGUUAAUGGAAGUCCUGAAGGUUUUUUCAGUAUCUCUCGAGGAUUGAGACAAGGGGAUCCGCUUUCCCCUUUGAUAUUUGUGCUUAUUGAAGAUAUCAUAAGUCGUAAUCUUUCUAAGUUGUUUGCAAGGCGUAGCAUGCAUCAUAUGGUGAUCAAGAAGGGUGUGUCUCCAACUCAUCUUCUUUUUGCGGGUGAUAUUCUCGUUUUCUGUAGAGGUAAUCUUCAAAGUCUUCAAUCUCUUUUGAAUCUCUUGGAUAUGUAUCAAAAAUCUUCGGGCCAAUGUGUCAAUUUUGUUAAGAGUAAGUUUUAUUUUGGGGGUGGUUCAAACUCUAGAGCUCGGGCUAUCUCAAUUUUUUUGGGGAUGGAGAGGGCUUUUUUCCCGGAUAAAUACCUUGGUAUUCAAUUGAAGCCUAGCAUUGUGAGACAUAUACAUGUUCGGAAAGUUGUUGAGAAGAUUAUGGACAAGUUUGCUGGUUGGAAGGGCAAGCUUCUUUAUUUUCAGGCAAGGUUGGUGCUAAUCAAAUCAGUGAUUUCUAGCUAUGUUAUCCACUCAAUGGCUGUCUAUAAAUGGCCAUGUUCUAUCAUUAAAAAGGUGGAACGGGCCAUUAGAAACUUUCUUUGGUCUGGUGAUGCGGAGAAGCGUAAACACUUUACUGUUCUUUAUGAUAGCCUUUGCUGUUCGAGGCGUGAAGGAGGUCUAGGUAUUCCGAGGCUGUUGGAUGUUACCAAAGAUAUGUUGAUGAAACUGUGGAUUUCUAUUAGGGACUCAGAUAAGACUUGGGCCAGAUUCUUGAGUGCGAAGUAUCUUAAGAAUAAUGGCAAUAUGAUUGAUUACAAGCUGGGUUAUUCGGUAUUUCCAGAAAUUCGUCUUGUUUACAAUUUUGUGCAGAAGCACACGAGAGCUAUAAUAGGUGAUGGAGCUUCCACUUAUCUUUUCUUUGACAAUUGGUGUGAUAACUUACCAGUUAUUGCUGGUGGUGAAGAUUAUAAGAUAUGGGACUUGGAUAAAAAGGGUAUUUUCUAUGUUAAGUCUGCCAAAGCUGCUCUCAAAGAUGGUGCUGAUGUUCAUCCCACUGCUACUUUGUUCUCGAGGAAUUUGGUUCAUCCUACUUUAAGCAUUCAAUAUUGGAAGAUUUGGGUUAAUUAUUGCUGUGCAAGUGAUGAUAAUGUCAUCAAAAAGACUGGCAGGAGCAUGCCUUCACCGGCAGAGGAUUUGCUAGUUUCUUACAAGUCAGCUAAGGGACGUAGCAGAAUAGUGAAGGGUUUAUGGCUUGUGGCAAAUCUUGUUGUUGUCACUGAGCUUUGGAAGUUGCGUAAUAAGAUCUAUUUUGAGGAUGUUGUUGUUAAUUGGCUUGGCUUUAAGGGUAGAGUCUAUCAGGUAAUCCGAGAUAACUCAAUUAGAUUGAAGGGUCAUAUGUAUAAUACGGUGGAUGACUUGCGUAUCCUAAAUUACUUCAAGGUGCAACAUAGAUCUUGCAAGAUUUCUCGUCCGAUAGAGGUUAGUUGGUCUCCUCCUUUUCCUAAAGAUAUUAUGAUUUGUUGCGAUGGUGCGUCUUUUGGGAAUCCGGGGAAGGAUGGAGCUGGAGUAAUUGUUCGUGACGCUAAUUCUGCUUUCCUUGGUGCUAUUUAUGUUGGCCUGGGCUGGCAGACCAAUUUUAUCGCGGAAGUGUGUGCUAUCAUCUAUGGCAUGAUGUUGGAUAAGCGUUGGAUGGUACGAAAGAUAUGCAUUCGGUCUGAUUCAAAGAGUUGCCUGCAAUCUUUUCAAAAUGGUGCGUUGCCUUGGCAGCUUCAACAAAAGUGGAGAAUGGCUAGGAGUUUUUAUGAUACCAUUCGUUAUGUUCACUCGUUCAGGGAGGCUAAUUUUGCUGUUGAUUCCUUGUCUAAGCAAGCAUGUUUGCUAGCUGAAGAUACUUAUGAGUUUUAUGAAGGUAGGCCAGGUUUCAUUUUGUCUGUAGAAUGGCCUGGAGUUGUUUAUUUUCGCUUCCAUUAG